AUGGAUAUGACAGCAGCGGCUAUAGACCAGGCCCAGGUCUUGUACGCUCGCACCGAAUCCUCGUCCUCCCAGCCUCCAGUAUACAAGGCGAUCGGUAUCACACUUGCUAUCGCCUCGGGAUUUUUCAUCGGUGUGUCGUUCGUUAUCAAAAAGGUUGGCCUGCUGAAAGCCAAUGUCAAAUACAAUGAGGAAGCAGGCGAGGGAUAUGGAUAUCUAAAGAACCUCUGGUGGUGGCUUGGAAUGACUCUGAUGAUUAUCGGCGAAACUUGCAAUUUCGUCGCCUACUGUUUCGUCGAUGCUAUCCUCGUCACUCCCAUGGGAGCCUUGUCCGUCGUUGUAACUACAGUAUUAUCUGCGAUUUUCCUGAAAGAACGGUUGAGUUUCGUUGGCAAGAUAGGUUGCUUCAAUUGUAUCGUUGGUGCAACCAUCAUCGCAUUGAACGCCCCUGAGCAAGCCUCAGUCACCGAUAUCCAGGGAAUGCAGCAUUUUGUUAUUGCCCCAGGAUUCUUGACGUAUGCUGGAGUAAUUAUAGUGGGCUGCUUAUUUGUGGCAUUGUGGGCUGGUCCCCGCUACGGAAAAAAGAGCAUGUUUGUCUAUAUCACGGUGUGCAGUUUGAUCGGUGGUCUCAGUGUGGUUGCAACCCAGGGGUUGGGAGCUUCGAUUCUGGCACAGAUUCGAGGAGAAUCGCAAUUCAAACACUGGUUUUUAUAUGUGCUGCUUGUUUUUGUCAUUGUUUCGCUAUUGACCGAGAUUGUCUAUCUUAAUAAAGCUUUGAAUAUUUUCAACGCCGCCCUCGUCACUCCUACCUACUAUGUCAUGUUCACCAGUUCGACUAUUGCCACGUCGGCUGUGCUGUUCCAAGGAUUCUCUGGUUCUGCAAUGGCUAUAGUGACUAUGGUAAUGGGCUUUUUGACCAUUUGUUCGGGCGUGGUCUUGCUGCAGUUGUCUAAAUCUGCGAAGGAUGUUCCCGAUGCAGCCGUCUUUAAAGGAGAUCUGGAUCAGAUCAGAGAAGUCGGCGAGCAAGAAGCGUCUGAAAUUGAACCAAAGGCAGAUGCCAUCCGAGGAGCAGCAGCAAUCAUUCGCCGAAUUUCCGUUUCUAGGCAAAAGAUGGAAGAGGAAGAGGCAAAGCGAUACUUCAGAGAGAAACACGAGGACCAGUUAAGCGAACCAGCCGAGAACGAAAUCGUGGAAUGGGACGGACUUAGACGGCGGAAGACGGUUAUUGGAGACCAUCCAGUCAUGACACCUAGAUCUAACCGCUCUGUUCGAACACCUCAUCCGCCUUUGGGCAUGUCUCGAUUUCCUACUGAAGAAGAAAGGACGCCUCCUCGCACGCCUAGUGGUAACCACUCUUUUUUGAGCGACGUUCGUAGUCGGGCAUCUACCAUCCUACAUACUCCUCUUCACUGGCGACAGUUGCAUGAUGACGAACCGCAGACUUCUGUACAUCCAGUGGCGUUGACGGAAAUCGCUCUUAACAAAAAGAACAAACAUGUUGACACUGCUUAUCAUGGCAAUGAUGGACAUUUGGAACCACCUUUCCAACCUCACACUGGCCGAGAACGCAGCAACACUCCCAGGUCGAUAGUCUGGGCAGAUGAGCGGCCAGAUUCAUCGCCAACUCGAUCACCAGUUCGAAAUAGUCACCUCGCACCUGAACCAACACAGUAUGCACGACGGCAAUUCUCGUUUACGACAUUGUUUGGACGUAAGAAGUCGAAUGAGAAUGUGCCGCAUUCUCCAGUCAGUCCUGGACGUGGGAUUUUGCGAAAUGCAACGCCGAAAGGACCGGGUUUGUCAGAUUAUCGGCGUGCAGUGAAAGCUGCUACCGAGGAAGAGCGAUUGGGACUCGUCAAGGGAGAUCCGCAAUCAUCAAAUAUGGAGCACGAUAACGACGACGAAGAUGAUCUGGAAAGUAUUGAUGAGAAAAUAAUCCGUUCAUCGUCACCGGAGAUGUUUGAUUCCGCUAUAGAUCAGGCUUUGGAAGACGUCAAGAGGCAGUAUAACGCUGCCCGACCCCACCAAGUCUCGACAUCAUCGUCAAUAUCAACAACGAUUUUCCCAGCAUACGAAGAUACACAUCACUAUUAUGAACAACACGGCCACGGUCCUCAGUCUGGACAAUUUGGUGGCUAUCACACAAUCCGUCGAAUCUCGUCACCACCUCCCCCUUCUCUCCCCACUACACACGAGAAUACCGGACCAUCGUCCGUUUCAUCCGGUAAAAUGAGGAUGAACGACCCCCUCCCUCCAAUCCCAGACAUAACCAGUCCAAUCCAAGACCCAAGCUCAGAAUACGUCCACGUCCCGGUCCCGAUGCGGGACAACCCACCACCCGCUUAUUCACCCGAAAGCGGUCGUCGCGCAGACAACGACGAUAAUGACUUCAACCCCGCCGAAUUCGGAGUGGUAUCUUUACCUUCAUCAUCAACAACUUCCCCACCAUCGCCGUCCGCCAGUCGGGGGUAUAGGGAUAGUUAUCGACGACCUGGACAUAACCACACGGCUGGUAGUAACAGUGAUAGUCGAAAUAUCACGGGUGAACGAAGAAGUCCACGAAGUAACAGCGAUAGUAGCACGAGUAGUGGUGCAAGCAAUGAUGCUGGAACGCAACGAUUAGUUCGCGAUGGGGCAUUUAUUUAG